AUGGGUGAAGAAAGCUUGAAGAGAAGAAAAGGAGAGGACAAAGGAAGAGAGGACAGACAAUCCAUCCAGAGUCAUGAGCCCCAAACGAUGAACCUACAGAAGCAGGUGGGCCUGAUUAGUGGAAUCUGUAUGAUUGUGGGUACCAUUAUUGGCUCAGGUAUCUUCGUUUCUCCAAAAUCAGUUCUUGCCAAUGUGGAAGCUGUGGGUCCUUGUUUAACCAUCUGGGCAGCCUGUGGAGUUCUGGCAACAUUAGGUGCACUCUGUUUUGCUGAGCUUGGUACGAUGAUCACAAAGUCUGGGGGAGAAUAUCCUUACCUCAUGGAGGCGUUUGGGCCGAUUCCAGCCUUUCUGUUCUCUUGGACGAGCUUGCUGGUCACAAAGCCCAGCUCCUUUGCCAUCAUCUGCCUCAGCUUUGCAGAAUAUGCAUCAGCUCCUUUUUACCCAGGCUGUGACCCACCCCAGGCCGUCAUCAAGUGUCUGGCAGCUGCUGCUAUUGUGGUAAUUACAAUUGUGAAUUCAUUGAGUGUGAAGCUGGGAAGUUACCUCCAGAAUUUUCUCACAGCUGCUAAAAUGAUCAUUGUCACAAUCAUUAUUGUAAGUGGAAUUGUUCUCCUUGCGCAAGGAAAAACAGAUAACUUUAAAGAUUCUUUCAAGGGCAGUAAAAUUUCUGUUAGUUCUAUCAGUUUGGCAUUUUAUAAUGGACUCUGGGCAUAUGAUGGAUGGAAUCAACUCAAUUACAUCACAGAGGAACUUAAAAAUCCUUACAGAAAUCUGCCACUGUCUAUAAUUAUUGGAAUCCCCUUGGUCACAGUUUGUUACGUUCUGAUAAAUGUUUCCUAUUUCACUGUGAUGACUUCAACAGAGCUCCUGCAGUCCCAGGCUGUUGCUGUGACAUUUGGAGACAGAGUCCUUUAUCCAGCCUCUUGGAUAGUUCCUCUCUUUGUGGUAUUUUCCACACUUGGAUCUGCCAAUGGCACCUGUUUCACUGCAGGCAGACUUGUGUACGUUGCAGGUCGUGAGGGGCACGUGCUGAAGAUUCUGUCCUACAUCAGUGUCAAGCACUUAACACCAGCACCUGCCAUCAUAUUUUAUGGGGCCAUUGCUAUUAUUUAUGUUAUUCCUGGUGACAUUAACUCCCUCAUAAAUUACUUCAGCUUUGCGGUCUGGAUCUUUUAUGGUUUAACUGUACUUGCACUAAUUGUUAUGAGGUUUACAAGGAAGGAACUCAAGAGACCUAUCAGGGUCCCCAUCAUCAUUCCUGUCAUAGUGACACUGGUGUCAAUUGUGCUGGUACUGGCACCAAUCAUCAGUGCACCUGAACUGCCCUAUUUGUACUGUACUUUAUUUAUACUUAGUGGACUUAUAGUUUAUGCACUUUUUGUUCAUUUAAAAUUCAGAUGGGCACAAAAAAUAUCAAAGCCCAUCACUAUGCACCUCCAGAUGCUUUUGGAAGUCGUUCCAGAAGAAGACGUUCCUGAAUGAAGUAUUUUAUACCCACCAGGUUGUUUAAAAGUGCUCUACUGGUUGAAAUAUAUUCAAUUUAGUUUGGCACACAUAUAUUUGCUAAAUUGUUAUGUUGGUACUGGUGUAUUAGUUUUGCAACACUUCAGUACUUUAAAGCAUCAAAUACAUAUAAUAAAAGAUUUCUAAGCCAGA